GGACCGCGGGGGGUGGGGGACACGAGCUUGUGAUUGUGGCACGGGGGGGCGGCUGCGCUCAGCGGCGGCUCCUCUUCCUCCGCCUGCCCCUGGGGAAGCGCUGCCCGCCGGCGAGGGAAGAGGAAGAUGGAUCCCAACAGGAUCAUCCAGGCUCUGAAGGGCACCAUAGACCCCAAGCUGCGCAUCGCCGCCGAGAACGAGCUCAAUCAGUCCUAUAAGAUCAUCAAUUUUGCUCCAAGUCUGCUGCAAAUCAUAGUGUCAGAUCAAGUUGAAUUUCCAGUGCGUCAAGCAGCUGCCAUCUACUUGAAGAACAUGGUGACACAGUACUGGCCAGACCGUGAGCCACCUCCUGGAGAAGCAGUAUUUCCAUUCAACAUCCAUGAAAACGAUCGUCAGCAGAUUCGUGAUAACAUCGUAGAAGGAAUAAUUCGUUCUCCUGACUUAGUGAGAGCCCAGCUGACAAUGUGCCUCCGUGCUAUCAUUAAACAUGACUUUCCUGGCCAUUGGACAGCUGUGGUAGACAAGAUAGGCUACUACUUGCAGUCUCAGAACAGUGGGAGUUGGCUUGGGAGUCUCCUGUGCCUGUAUCAGCUGGUGAAGACUUACGAAUACAAAAAAGCAGAGGAGCGAGAUCCUCUCAUAGCAGCAAUGCAAAUAUUUUUGCCUCGGAUCCAGCAGCAGAUGAUCCAGCUUCUGCCUGAUAACUCCCAUUACUCUGUACUGCUUCAGAAACAAAUCUUAAAAAUCUUCUAUGCUCUUGUUCAGUAUGCAUUGCCGCUCCAGUUGGUGAAUAACCAGACCAUGACUCAGUGGAUGGAGAUCUUCCGUACUAUCAUUGAUAGAAAUGUACCUCCAGAGACCUUGCAAAUUGAUGAAGAUGAUAGACCGGAGCUGGUGUGGUGGAAGUGCAAGAAGUGGGCUUUGCAUAUUGUAGCUCGUCUUUUUGAACGGUAUGGAAGUCCUGGAAAUGUAACUAAAGAAUACUUUGAAUUCUCAGAUUUUUUUUUAAAAACAUAUGCUGUGGGCAUACAACAGGUUCUUUUAAGAAUCUUAGACCAAUACAGGCAAAAAGACUAUGUUGCACCACGUGUUCUUCAGCAAACAUUAAAUUAUCUGAACCAAGGGGUUAUUCACUCUGUAACAUGGAAGCAAAUGAAGCCACACAUACAGAGUAUAACAGAGGAAGUGAUAUUCUCUCUAAUGUGCUACAAAGAUGAAGAUGAAGAGCUCUGGCAAGAGGAUCCAUAUGAAUAUAUCCGCAUGAAAUUUGAUGUAUUUGAGGAUUAUGCAUCCACAACAACAGCAGCUCAGAAUCUCCUGUAUACUGCUGCGAAGAAGAGAAAAGAGGUAUUACCAAAAAUGAUGGCAUAUUGCUACCAGAUUCUGACAGAGCCAAACAUUGAUCCAAGGAAAAAAGAUGGAGCUUUGCACGUUAUAGGAUCCCUAGCAGAUAUUUUACUGAAGAAGAGUGUCUUCAAGGAUCAAAUGGAGCUGAUGUUACAGAAUCAUGUAUUUCCAUUGUUCAUGUCUAACCUGGGGUACCUCAGAGCUAGAUCCUGUUGGGUGCUUCAUUCAUUCAGUGCUCUGAAAUUUCACAAUGAGCUAAACUUGAGGAAUGCAGUAGAGUUGGCAAAGAAGAGUCUGAUUGAUGAUAAAGAAAUGCCUGUCAAAGUAGAAGCAGCCAUAGCUCUUCAGACUUUAAUAAGCAACCAAGAGCAAGCCAAGGAAUAUGUGAAGCCUUAUGUAAGGCCAGUUAUGCAAGAGCUCUUGCACAUUGUCAGAGAGACGGAAAAUGAUGAUCUUACUAAUGUAAUCCAGAAGAUGAUCUGUGAGUACAGUCAGGAAGUAGCUACUAUCGCCGUUGACAUGACUCAACACCUGGCUGAAAUAUUUGGUAAAGUACUUCAGAGUGAGGAGUAUGAGGAAGUAGAGGACAAAACAGUUAUGGCCAUGGGCAUCUUGCACACAAUUGACACUAUCCUGACAGUUGUGGAAGAUCACAAGGAGAUAACUCAACAGCUUGAGAGCAUUUGUUUACAGAUCAUUGGCCUUGUUUUGCAGAAACAUGUUAUAGAGUUUUAUGAAGAAAUUCUCUCCUUGGCCUACAGCUUGACAUGCCAGAUGAUUUCACCUCAAAUGUGGCAGCUUUUAGGUGUUCUAUAUGAAGUUUUCCAGCAGGAUUGCUUUGAGUAUUUUGCAGAUAUGAUGCCUCUCUUGCAUAAUUAUGUGACCAUUGACACUGAUACUUUACUGUCUAACCCGAAGCAUUUAGAAAUCAUUUAUUCUAUGUGCAAAAAGGUAUUAACAGGAGAUGCUGGAGAAGAUGCAGAGUGCCAUGCAGCCAAACUCCUAGAAGUAAUUGUUCUUCAAUGCAAAGGACGGGGUAUUGACCAGUGUGUUCCACUUUUUGUGGAGGCUGUUCUGGAGCGGUUAACUAGAGGAGUUAAAACAAGCGAGCUUCGCACCAUGUGUCUUCAGGUUGCCAUAGCUGCACUCUACUACAAUCCUGACCUACUUCUACACACCUUAGAGAACAUCAGAUUUCCACACAAUCCUGAGCCCAUCACUGCACAGUUCAUAAACCAGUGGAUGAAUGACACAGACUGUUUUCUUGGACUCCAUGACAGAAAGAUGUGUAUAAUAGGACUGAGCAUCCUAAUGGAAUUGCAGAACCGCCCGCCUGCAGUGGAUGCUGUGGCUGCCCAGAUUGUCCCUUCAAUCCUCCUCCUCUUCCUGGGCUUAAAACAAGUUUGCGCCUCACGAGAGCUCACAGAACAUGAGGAUCAUGCUAAAGAUGAAAAACACGUUGCAGAAGAUAAUGAAGAGAUCCCGAGUGAUGAGGAGGAGACAAAUGAAGUGAGCCAGGAGAUGCAAGAGAACCAUAGUGGAGGAGGAGGAGGUGGUGGUGGUGGAGAGGAAGAGGAUGAAGAUGAUGAUGAUGAUGACUGGGAUGAAGAUGCAUUGGAAGAGACAGCUCUUGAGGGAUUCAGCACACCUCUUGACCUUGAAAAUGGUGUUGAUGAAUACCAGUUUUUUACACAAGCACUUCUAACGGUGCAGAGCCGAGAUGCAACCUGGUACCAUUCCCUGACAGCACCAUUGAGUGAGGAUCAGAAGAAACAGCUGCAGGAAAUUUAUACAUUAGCAGAACACCGGCGAAAUGCUGCAGAGACUAAGACAAUAGAACAACAAAGUGGCUACACAUUUGACAACAAAGGACUGAUCACAGCAUUUAACUUUGCUGGAAGUACUCCUGGUGGCAACUGAAGGAUCAACUACAAAAGUCAAUGAGAAGGGUCUCAUCAUUGCAUUUUCUUGAAAUCAUCGUGACUUCUGAGUGAUAGGGGAGGGUAAUGUAAUGCUGCUGAAGGUUUUCUGGAAAGUAGCAGUUGUGCUUCCCCCACCGGAAUGCUCUUUCUAACCAGCUACUGUAAUGUACAAAUUCUUGUGGUGUUUUUAUAAUUUGAUGGACUUGAAAUGAAACAUUUGUCCUUAAGGAACCUGAAUGACUGGGAGGGGCCAGGCUGCAUCUGAUUGAGUUGCACUUCUCAGGUUUUUGCUGUGCAGAAUUGAUAGAUUCAUAUGGAUAACAGUGCCUUCUGUUGUACAUGGAUUGCCUGAACAAAAGGAUUUCGGAGUGCAUUUUAAUUUUUUAAGUGUAAGGACAUUUCUUGAAACACUGUAAGCCUUGGUUCCAUGUUUUCCAGUCACCUGCUUUUUACUACUCGGUUUAAUUGUUUGUUGAUUGCAUACACAUUGCUGGAUUCAGAAUAUUGGCUCAUCUUCACCAUUUGGUGCAGACCAAAUGUGUAGGGGAAGGUGCAUGUUGAAGUUGCAAAGCCUAUGCUGGUUCCAUCAAAAGGUCUUAAAAAAAUUGCAGAUUUUCCCUUGAUUCAGUAGUCUUAAAGUAUUUCUCUUAGCCAUGAAAUCAACUGGCUCGAAUUAUGAUAGCACUCGUGGCAAGUGGCUACCCAAAGUCUACGUUGAUAGUACCUCUGACCUGAACAAGCGGUGUGGCCCUUGUGUAGACAUUCUACGUAGCAGCUUUUUAUUUCUGCUGUUUUGAUUAAUAUUGGGAUUCUAUAAACCUCUUUUCUGGUUUCAUUCAUUCAUUACCAUUCCAAAGGUAGUACUGAAUCAUGUGGUACAAAAUAUUUACAGUAUUUUAUUUAUCUUGAUAGAAGGAAAACAGCUCCAAACUUAUUUAUUCUUACUCUUCUGUGAUGAAUUUCUGGUCUGCAUUCCGUUUGGCUGUUCUUGACCUAUGCUGAAAUUUCAUUAUUUGCCAGAUUUUUUUCUAAAUUUCAAAAGCUAGUUUCUUGUAAAUUGAAACACAUAUAGCAAGGUGUGAAUAUGUUCUUCAGAAAUUGACAGCAGUACUAAUUUGAAUAGGUACCUCUCCUUUAGACCUAUUGGGAUCGCAGUGGUGUAGCCAAAAUAAGUAGAGGUGCUUCAGAAUAAUGUGAAGUUUGGAUUGGAGAUAAAAUAUUUAGACCAGAUUUUGUCUCUAUGUGUUAAUUUCUUUAUCACUUAAAAAUACAUACCAAGGAAUUUUAAGCACACACAGAUAACGUAUUUCUUUAAAACAGUGCCCUAACUGAAAAGUCAAAGCCCUUCCUAUACCCCAUCAAAUUUUCAACAACUGUAGCAAAUUGCACGUUGCUGUCCCUGCACUGUACUGAAGCUUUCAUUUUUUAUAUGUCACGGUAAUUGUAAUUCAGUCUGAUAAAUCUGAAGCACUCUAUGCCUUGCCUUCUGGAAAAGACCUAAGUGUCCCUGCUUGUUCUUUGCCCCAUUCCCUGGAAUUUUCUCAUCCUGGCAGCUGUGGGGCAGAAGGUUCCCCUCUGCUUUUCUAUUUUCCUGCGCCUUUGUGUUAGACUUUCUCUGGUGCUGUUCUCUGCUGCUGCUUCUUUUUCAUUUGGGUUUUUUUUUCCCCACACAGCAGCUACAGAGUAAAGUUGGGCUGGUUCAUCUAGGUUUUUCACUGCUGCUAUUCACUAGCGAUAGUGAAAAUCUUCACUUUUAGGUCUGUUGUACAUAUGGAAAACUGAGAAUUCCAGGGUCUGUAUUUCCAAAAGGGAACAAAACAUUAAACUACGUUAGAGAGGCUCUUUAAGCUCAAGCAGCAGAAGGACGAGCUAUCUUUUAUUUUGAAUGUCAGGCCAUGAAAAUUAUAGGUCACUUCUGCUAAUUUAGGCCUGGGAACGUAUUGACUGAGAGAAUAGGAAGGCAUUUCAUCCAGGUUGUUGGUGAGUUUCUUAGAAAUCAUUAAAAUUUUGAAAUCCUCCACAAAUUUAAAACAUUAUUUUCGGAAGUUAAGGAUGUGAAUGACUUUCUCUUGCUACUGAAUUGAAGUAUUAGGCAGGUAAACUGUUGGUGCCCUUUAUUAUUAUAUUUUUAAGAAUGAGAUUGUUGAGUUGGAUUUCUUUAAUGGCCCGUUUGCCUUCUCUAUGCUGGCAUGCAGAGCAGAGGAGGUGCUUACUUUUCUUCUGCUAAUGAGGUUGCUUGUACAGUCACAAGCUAAUAUUUAGGAGUUAAUAUGUUCAAGGAAAAAUCUUGCUGUUGCAUAGCAUCAUCUUUGUGUCACUCAGCUGAACUGUGGCUGCUCCCUUGUUCUGCUUCUUGUAUACUUUUCAAAUCAACUGCCAAGAAAAUUUCGUCCAGAUGUUUCUUACAAGGGGUUUAAUCAGCAGCGUGGAGUCGGGAAUCUUUGUUGUCUAUUUUGAAGUGGGGGUCGGAGAUGUCUGAGGGGAUGGCAUGUAAAAAGGUUAAAUGCCCUUCCCUUCCCAGGAGAUUUGUGAGCAAAUGUUUCUACUGGCAAAAGCAAAUGUUAAUUAUUUUAUUCCUUUUUUUGGAAAGGGUUUUCAUCCAAAAAGAUUUAUUGGGCUCUAGCCUCCACUUUAACAUAUGGUUCUCUUUUAACAUGAUAAGUAUCUGUUUGUACAUUAUCAUAAAUAGGUAAUGGAUUUUAGGUGGGUUUUUUUUCCUGAGCUGUGUGUAGCUUUGUACUACAUUAAAGGGAGAGUAACACAAAUGUGCAUUACUGUCUCACUUUGAAGCCAAGGUAAUCAUGGAAUAUCAGAUACCAGCAGCAGCCAACCAAGUAUGACGUGGUUGCUGUUGGAAGUACAGAGAAGCACGAAUGUAUUGUAAAAUAAAACAAAGCCUGAUAACUGGUGACCUAUGUUGCCCCAUCUUAGUGUUCCCAAAAUGUGAAGGUGACUGUAUGGGCACCAUGGGGGCUUUGCAUAGGAAAUCAGCAUUAUGUAGGUUAUAAUCAUAGCAAAUGUUAACAUACAUGAUGAGCUGCUUUUUCACAUAAAAUGAACUGAUCCUGGAUAUUGAAUUGCAUAUGCUAUUUUGUCAAUCUUGAAAGAAAAAUAAGAAUCACCGUGUGUUUUGACAGCUUCUUUUUGCUCUCUUUCAAAGUUGAAGUACUUGGUUUGCUUUCUUUACAAAGCAAAAUCUUUAAUCAAAAAUGGCCAGCUCUAGGAAGAGUGCAGAAUAUCAAGCUAAGGAAAAAGCUAAAAAAACCAUAAACCCCAACAAUCCCCCCAAGCCCCUGUGUGAACAGUCUGAUUGAAGUAAAUAUGCUUUGGGAGUGUGAGUCAAAAUAUGUUAAGAAUGUUACACAAAAUUAUAAUGUGAGAUUCUUUGCUUUAGGGAAAAAGGCUGCCUGUGGGAUGUCAGGGAGACACGGAAUGAACUGCUUUAGGAUGUGCCCUUUGCCUGUGAAGUCCAGGCAGUUUAUGACUCUGGAUUCUGUCACACAUUGUAGAGAAUGUAGGACAGUAGAGGAACUUUUUGUAUUAUUUUUUUUUUUUUACUAUAAAGCAGGAGUCUGUCUUGAGACUUCAGUGAGCAAAGAAUUGUCAGCAAUGAGAGUGAUUAACUGCCUUUUGUUUCCAGAAUACUUUUCAGCCUUUUUUCUUCCCUCCUUUCCUUCCAUUUGCCAACCACUAUAUUAUCAGAUAUUGCAGGGGAUAUUCAAAAUACCUGAAAAGCUAAAGCAAUUUUUAAAAAAAUCCUGUUAUUCUUGAAGCCAUAGAGCCUGUCCAUCACAUUUCUAUCUGUGGAACAAAGCCUCUCAUUUGACACAUGCAGAUGAUACAGAACUAAAAAAACCACUUCAGUUGUGCCUGUGGUUUGAUGAAGCAUUCUGUGAAUUACUUCUUAAUGUGAGUACUUUGAAAACUCCACACCUUGUCUGGAAAUUUACUCAAAGGGUGUAUGUAAUGCAGUACCCAGUUCUAGUUCUGAUAUAUACCCUAGUCAAUCUUUUGAUAAGGUUUGAGGAUCUGGUGGUCAGUUCCUCAAUGAUCUCUGUCUCUGAGGACGUUCUUUAAGAAACUAUCUUUGCAAGUGGACAGAGAAUUGCCUUAACUGCGGGAAGGCUAUCAAUUUCGUAAUCUUAUGAGUGAAAACAGCACUCUUUUCUCUUGGAUGCCAAAUCUUACCCCAGUCACACAGGGAACAAUAGAGAUGGAUACUACCUGUGUGUUAAAGGAAGCCAGACACCAGAUAUAUGAAAAUCUUGGUAUAAAGCCAUAUUGUAAAAAGGGUAUAUGAACAAGCCAGGCUGCUUGCUUUUGACACUUCUCCCACUGCUACUACUUUUCUAAAAAGAACCAAGCAAAACCAGCGUAAAAUGAAAGAGACCUAAAGCAGUGCUUGUGCACUGGGCAGGUAGGAGCUUCGCUGGCCAUUGGAUCUAAUCCCACAACUCAGUGCAAUUGCACUCAAAUACUUUUCAAAUAGAAUAUGCACCAUCUGUAUGGAUAUCAGUACUCUGACUCUGAGAGCCGUUAUUGAGAGGAAAAGACUUAAUGUGAUUUUUCUCUGUCAGAAAUCAGAUGCAUCCCCUUAAAAAGUCUGGGAACCUCUUGUCCUGGUUGAUAGGUAAUCACCAGUGGGAGACACUCAAUGGGAUUACAGCCUUUCUUAAAAUUGUCACUAUACCUCCUAUUAAAGAGUUUCCUAAAGUGCUUCGCAUCUAGAGAGCUAACUGAUGAACAACUCCCCGACUCAAGAGUUUUGGGGAACAGCAGUUCAGAGAGAUUGUGCAGAUGUAUGUAAUUGUGAUGACUUGGGAAAGCAUCCAUUUCAAUUGAAGUUAUGUGUUCGAUAUGAUCUCAGACAUACAGUAUUCCUGAUAGUGCCUGGAUCUUCUAGUGGAUCGUCCCAUGCCUUUCUCCAGGAAGAGAAUGCUCGGGCAGCCCCAAAGUCAGUGUGAUGCUUUGAGCUUGGGAUCAGAAAGCAGUUUUGAUUAUAAGCUGCUAGUUUUUCCUAACAGAAAGAAAUAAGCAAAAGUGGUUUAUUAAUGCUAAGAUUCUCUUUAUAGGCUGUAUAGAGAUUCACGAUUUCAAGUGCUUGGUUACCUGAAUAGUACGGUAGGAGAACUUUCAGAUGCUCUGAUUUCUCCAAUGCGAAUAAAACAGUGUCAGCUCUAGGAUUCACCUGAGGUGAAUGGAGAGUGUUGAUCAGGGGCUGCCUGCUGGACUGGCCAGGAUUGUGUUAGAUGAAGUGAAAUGCAAAAAAACUGAAAAAUUACUCAGUAGUUGAAGCUAUUGAGCAACAAAAAUGAGUGUGUACUUGAAAUGAGGUUUUAAUAUGUCCAGGUAAAUUUUAAUUUUCUUACACAAAAUUCAGAAUUACUGCAGGUCGUGGAGGCCUGCUGAUUUUUUUCAUAGGACUGUUUGCCAUGGAAGGUGAUUAUCCAAGAAUUGUUCCUCAUUUUCAGAUAUUUUCAAGACGUAUGUUAGUAAAGUUGCUUCUAUCCCUCCUUCACUACUUUCCAUGCUUGGAGAUCUUGGGUGAACUUAACAAAAGGAAGAAGAACAGUGAUUUGGAAAGAGAAGGCUAUGCCUAAGCAGGUUAUUUUUAGAAAACAAGAGGCUAUGGCUUCUGAAGAAAAUAUGCAACAGUAAAUAUUUAUACAAAAGUGCAUGAGGUAAAGAGAUGAAUAUAGGACAAUAUAAGCGAGACUGUGAUCACAGCUGUAAUGUGGUUUUUUUUCACUGCCAAACAGCGUGCGAAUAUUACUUUUGAUUGCAUGUGUUGUCAGUAGUAUGCUUAAUGUAAGUCACUUGAAAUGUUUUGGGGCUCAAAAAGACACCAAAGAGGCCAUGCAGAUUUCUUGUGAUAUUUAAAAGCAAAAAUAUGAGCCCAUGCCUGCAAUGACUAGAGGGAGACCGCUAUGUGCUGCGUUAGCAAAUUGAAUUGCAGGAUCGUCACCUUUGGAAGAAGCCUAAAAUACUAAACUGUGGGUUGACUUUGAGGGCAAGAAUUGACACAUUCAAAACAUGCAUCGAUGACAAGAGGAACCUCUUCCUAGCUUGAAGAAUUCUGUACAGGGUUCUCUUAAGCUGUGCUGAAUUUGCUUUAAAAAUAGUAAUAAAUCUUAUU